CUACAAGCUCAGCGCCUGCCUGCCCCUGGACACCAUGUGGUUCCCGGUUCUGUGCCUUGCCCUGUCCCUGGCAGGGACCGGCGCUGUGCCCCCCAUUCAGUCCCGGAUCGUCGGAGGCCAGGAGUGUGAGAAGCAUUCCCAGCCCUGGCAGGUGGCUAUAUACCACUUCAGCACCUUCCAGUGUGGGGGCGUCCUGGUGGCCCCCCAGUGGGUGCUCACAGCCGCUCACUGCAAGAGCGAAAAUUACCAGGUCUGGCUAGGUCGCCACAACCUGUUUGAGGACGAAGACACGGCCCAGUUCGCCAGUGUCAGUGAGGACUUCCCAAAUCCGGGAUUCAACCUGAGCCUCCUGGAAAACCACACCCGCCAGCCAGGAGAGGACUACAGCCACGACCUCAUGCUGCUCCGUCUGCAGGAGCCCGUCCAGCUCACACAGGACGUGCAGGUCCUGGGUCUGCCCACCAAGGAACCCCAACUGGGGACCACCUGCUACGCCUCCGGCUGGGGCAGCGUCAAGCCAGACGAGUUCUCUUACCCAGACGAUCUCCAGUGUGUGGACCUCACCCUCCUACCCAAUGAGAAGUGUGCCACAGCCCACCCCCAGGAGGUGACAGACUGCAUGCUAUGUGCUGGACACCUGGAGGGCGGCAAGGACACCUGCGUGGGUGACUCAGGGGGCCCGCUGAUCUGCGAGGGUAUGUUGCAAGGAAUCACGUCAUGGGGCCACGUCCCGUGUGGCACUCCCAAUAAGCCCUCCGUCUACACCAAAGUGAUUUUGUAUCUGGACUGGAUCAAUCAGACCAUGACUGACAACCCCUGAAUGCCCCCGCCCUGUCCUUUACCCCUAGUAAAAUCAAAUAUGCAUCAAA